GACGUCGAUAAGUAUAUCGUUUGCGUUUUUGAAACUAUAUACAAUUUUCAAUAUCAACUUCAACAUGACAGACAACGUAGUCGUUUCCGCUCCUGCUCCGGUUACCGCAUCGCCAGCCGCGAAGAAAUCCCCGGCCAAGAAGAAGGUGGGCGCCGCAGCGAAAGCUAAGAAGCCCGCAGCCAAUCAUCCUACCACAUCGGUGAUGGUCACUUCAGCGAUCAAGGAGCUUAAGGAGAAGAAAGGAUCUUCUCUGCCAGCAAUCAAAAAAUACUUGGCAGCCAACUACAAAGUCGAUCCCGCCAAGUUGGCGCCGUUCAUCAGGAAAUUCUUGAAAGCCGCCGUCGCUAAUGGCACUGUCCUUCAGACCAAAGGCACCGGAGCGUCUGGACACUUCAAAUUACCGGUGGCCGAGGUUAAACCCAAAAAGAAGACCGCCGUUGUCAAGAAGAAGAAAGCAGUCGUCAAGAAGGUCAAGGCGCCGGGAGCUACAAAGAGGAAAUCAACGUCCGCCAAAAAAGUGAAGCCCGCGUCCGGAGAACCAGCAGCUAAAAAAGUCAAGAAAGCAGUUGCUGCUAAGCCUAAAGCAGCAUCCAAACCGAAGAAAUCUCCGGCGAAACCGAAAAAACCGGUUGCUGCCAAACCCAAAGUAAAGAAGACUCCGACCAAGAAAACCGCAGCUCCCAAGAAGAAGUAGUAAAUUACUUGUUAUUCACUUCCCACAAAUACCCCUUUAAAACGGUCCUUUUCAGGACCACCAAUUUUUCAUAUCAACUUACAAAAAUGUAUUAUUUCACGUUCAGUAGGG